UUUAAUGCUAAACUUUUUGGAAUCAUGACAGAACGAGCUCAGCAUCAAAAUCUUGUUUAUUCGCCCAUAUCGCUGCAAAUACUUUUAUCAUUUAUCUAUACAAUAUCCGAUGGAAAACUUUACGAUGAGUUAAGACACAUAUUAGCAGAACCCAGCAACGAUCGUUUGCAUGUGGCUAAUGCAAUUCAAAAAUUAAUCAAUUCGCCCUUAUUUAACACAGCACCAACGACUCUUAUAAUGGCCAACAAACUAUAUUAUGAUCAUAGGUUUGGUCCAGUAAAUGACAAUGUUCGUAGCUUGGUCGUUAACAAUUUUGCCAGCGAAUUGGAACAAAUUGAUUUUCAAGAUCCACAUAAAGCAGCGUACAUUAUAAAUUCUUGGGUCAGUGAUAAUACGAAUCAUUUGAUAAGGGAUAUCAUUGCACCCUCAACUAUUACACCUAAUACAAAUGCAGUGAUAUUGAAUUCUUUAUAUUUUAAGAGCGAUUGGCUUAAUAAAUUUUCAAUUUAUGAUACAAAAUUGGCACAAUUUCACCUAAGCAGAGAAACUCAGGUUGCCGUUGAAAUGAUGUCUACUGAAGAUAUAUUCCAGUAUGGCGAUUUUGGAGAUUUACGGGCAUACGUAUUGGAAUUACCUUACAAAACAUCGAAUUUAACAAUGAUGUUGAUUCUACCUCAUGAAAUCGAUGGAUUGUUAGGAGUGGAACACAAGUUAUCACAUUACAGUUGGGAAAUGUUGUCCCAGCAACUAAGGUCGGAAGUGGUUUCAGUGAAGAUACCAAAAUUUAAAAUAGAAUUCGAUGUUGAUAUGAUGAGACCUUUACAGAGACUGGGUCUUAAUGCACUUUUCAACAAGGAUGGAAAAAUAAAUAUAUUCAAAGAUCAACAGUUCCCAAUAUCAGUGGAUCAAGUUAAACAUAAAACCUACAUCAGUGUCAAUGAGGAUGGCACGGAAGCAGCAGCAUCAACAUUUGGCAAAUUAAUACCCUAUUCUUUAAAUCACAAUAUGAAGCAUUUUGUGGCAGAUCAACCCUUCCUAUUUGUGAUUAGAAGUACAAAUGCAAUUUUCUUUAUAGGACAUGUGGUAAAAUUUUAG